CCGCAGCCGCCUCUCGGGCCGCGCUUUGCAGGCUCCAUAAAAGGGCAAGAGGCGGAGCGCUCGGCGGCGCUCCCGGAGCAGCGGAUUGGGAGACGGCGGCGCAUAUAAAUCUAGGCAGGGCGGAGGGAAACAAAGCAGUCUGCCCGGAAUCGCGCCGCCUGGGAAGGAGCUCCGCUAGCGCAACUUGGCGGGGAGAGAAAGGGACGCAGCUCGCUCGCUCUCUUGCUGGGGCUCGGGGCUUUCUCGAUCCGCUCCGCGGCCAAGGCGUCGUUUUGGGUUUCUCGGCGAGGAAGGCAAAGGGCUCAGGGCAGCUCAAUGAAGGAAAGAAGAGCGAGCCAGAAAUUAUCCAGCAAGUCGAUCAUGGAUCCGAACCAGAACGUCAAGUGCAAGAUCGUCGUCGUGGGGGACACCCAGUGCGGGAAAACGGCUCUGCUCCACGUCUUCGCCAAGGACUGCUUCCCCGAGAACUAUGUCCCCACUGUGUUUGAGAAUUACACUGCCAGUUUUGAAAUUGACACACAAAGGAUAGAACUCAGCCUCUGGGACACUUCUGGGUCUCCUUACUACGAUAAUGUCCGCCCGCUUUCCUACCCAGAUUCUGAUGCUGUCUUAAUUUGUUUUGAUGUCAGCCGUCCAGAAACACUUGACAGUGUACUGAAAAAGUGGAAAGGUGAAAUCCAGGAAUUCUGUCCAAACACCAAAAUGCUCCUGGUUGGCUGCAAGUCUGAUUUGCGCACAGAUGUUAGUACAUUAGUAGAGCUGUCCAAUCACAGGCAAACACCAGUGUCAUAUGAUCAGGGUGCCAACAUGGCCAAGCAGAUUGGGGCAGCCACUUACAUUGAAUGCUCAGCCUUGCAGUCAGAAAACAGCGUAAGAGACAUUUUUCACGUUGCUACCUUAGCGUGCGUGAACAAAACAAAUAAAAAUGUUAAGCGGAACAAGUCGCAGAGGGCUACAAAACGAAUUUCGCACAUGCCUGGCAGGCCGGAACUUUCUACAGUCACUACAGAUCUGCGAAAGGACAAAGCGAAGAGCUGUACGGUGAUGUGAAGGGGCUGAUUUUGUGACGGCGAUGCAAAGGACACUGGCAUUUGGUGAGAUGGUAAAGACUUGGCGAGAAGUGCCCAGUGGGAAUGGUCUGUUGUUUGGGUACGAAUUGGUGCUUAAAGGCUGUGGUUCACUUUUUGUAUGCAAGAAAAACUUGGGAGUUGGUAUUUAGAGGACGCCUUGGAAAGAGAUGGAUGCCGAAGAGAUGUCAUUGUUGCUUGGUUGAAAUACCAAAUACAGAGGAAACUAUUUGAAUGUGCAAAAGCAAUGAAGAGAAUGGCAGCACUGAAGAAAAAUGAUGUUCUGGCGUAUGCUUAAUUUUUAAAUCUGUUUUGAAUACCUACUUUUGAUUUUGAUUACAUGUUAAUAUGUUCCUUUCAGAAAAAAGAAAUGAAAAUAUUCCUGCUUUCUUCACUGUGGAGCUUGCCCAUGUCGUUAUUUGGUUCCCCCCCCCCCAAAAAAAGUUGCUUAUUUCCUUCUAGUUCAUCCUUUAAAAAAUAGGAAAUGUAUUUUGAGUCAUCAAGAGGAAACCCCAGCUUUAAAACACUCAUUUUCUCCAACGAGCAGGGAAAGAAAGACGGUUAUGAAAAUCAUCUUCAGAAGGAAUGAAGAUCAAUUAUCUGUUCUCAAAUACAGAAUUCUCUUCAGUGAAAUAACGAAUGCAAAAUUCUGGCGGUUUCACAGCUACAUUUUGAUGCCUUUGAUAAGGACAUUUUUAAUACUGCAUGGAUGCCAUGGGUUGAGUUACAAAGCCUAUUGAAUGGUGCUAAGAGUUAGUUAUGAAAGGCCCUUAAUUAGAAAGGAGUUUUAGUCUUAUCGCCCUUGGAAUAGGCUCCUUUAGUAUGAAGGAGGCGAACGUCAGCACUGCGUAAGGGAAUAAGUGCUGUUCUGCUAAUAUGACUUUCCUGCGAUUCUGUUCUGGGGGGUGGGGGGCGGGGAUGGGGCGUUGAUUUGUUUUAAAGCAAGCACAUGAGCCAAUGUACCCAAUUACCUCCCAUUAUGAUGUUUUUUUUGAAAACAGCUGCAAUAUGGAUGACCAUCUCUUAUUACACCUUUCUGUUUACAUGUAAUGAGCACUCUGGAAAAUAUGGAAAGGAGAGGGUCUGAAAAACAAGGGGAAGCCUUUAAGGGGCCCCGAGUGGAAACUGGAUAUGGCUUUAAUCCGGAAAGUCUAAUGCAGGAAUAUUCAGUGAUCAUUAAACAUUUCUUGUGUGACCCAGAUUCUGUCAGAUUCCUUUUCACUGACUGAUGACUAUUGUUACAUUCACGAAGCCAAUCCAGGAAAAUCGUUUGCAGAUGUUUUGCUUUAGAGGACACGGCAGCUCCCUACAGCUCGUUGAAAUGCAAGCAUUUUCCUUUUUUGCCAAAGCUUCAGUUUUGUUUUUGUUUUCCGAAGUGCUAUUUCCACAAUUUCCAGCUAAUGUUGCCAUCAUAAUAUGCUUUUGACUGAUGCAAUGGUAUGCUUAAGGCAGUAUUAAAAAAAACAACAACAGGUGAGUGCUUUCUGUAUUUAAAUAUUGUAAAAAGGAAAAAAAAAAGUUACUGUUUCAACAGAACAACAAUCACUUUUUAACAAACGUCGGUCACUUUGUAUGUUUGGGUAUUGUUUCUGCAGUAUUUAUUUUUUCUUUUAAAUAAAAAAAAGUUUAGUCGUUGGCUAAA